CGUAAAUUUCUACGUGAGAUUGCGUAGAAAGUUUAUUCGUUGAUUUGUGACGAAGUAAAACGUUAUCCUGAGGUGUUGGGCGCUUGCGCGAGAGACGUCGGCGAGCGGUCUGGGUGCCAUCCGAUCAGCAGUGGGUGAUCGUCGGUACCCUACGACGGUUCAGCGCGCCGACGUUGACAUCACCGUCGACGUCCUUGACAAGACAAAGAGGCCGGGGAACCGUGUGUAGCGACGGGAGCAUGCCGUCCACGCGGAACUGUGAAUGACCACUGCGUCCACUUCGAGCAUCGAUAAGGGUGCCUCGGACACGAAGUGACACGCGAGACACACACGCACAUCCACGUACGCACGCACGAGAGCGCAGGGGUGACGCAGACGGAGGAGGGUCGUCCGCGCGUGAAAGCGCGUCGAAGGGAUGGCCGACAGCGAGGGUGGCUCCGAGCAGGACGACGUAUCAUUCCUCCGCACGGAGGAUAUGGUAUGCCUGUCCUGUACCGCAACAGGAGAGAGGGUUUGCCUGGCAGCUGAGGGUUUCGGCAAUCGACAUUGUUUUCUCGAAAAUAUCGCGGAUAAGAACAUACCGCCGGACUUGUCGCAAUGCGUGUUCGUGAUAGAGCAGGCCCUCUCGGUGAGGGCUCUGCAGGAAUUGGUUACCGCUGCCGGCUCCGAGACGCAACAAGACAGUUUAGGAAAGGGCACCGGGUCAGGGCACAGGACCUUGUUAUACGGUAACGCCAUAUUAUUGCGACAUCUAAACAGCGACAUGUACCUGGCGUGUCUAUCCACGAGUUCGUCGAACGAUAAGCUAGCCUUUGACGUCGGUCUACAGGAACAUUCUCAUGGUGAGGCAUGUUGGUGGACUGUGCAUCCCGCUUCCAAGCAGAGAUCCGAGGGUGAGAAAGUGCGUGUAGGUGACGAUCUUAUCUUGGUAUCUGUCGCGACCGAACGAUAUUUGCACACGACGAAAGAAAAUGACCUGUCGGUGGUAAACGCAUCUUUUCACGUGACGCAUUGGUCGGUACAGCCUUAUGGAACCGGUAUCAGUAGGAUGAAGUACGUUGGUUAUGUUUUCGGCGGUGAUGUGUUGAGGUUCUUCCACGGAGGCGACGAGUGCUUGACGAUACCAUCGACAUGGAGUCCAGCACCCAGUCAAAACCUCGUAAUCUACGAGGGCGGCAGCGUGAUGAGCCAAGCGAGGUCGUUAUGGAGACUAGAACUCGCCAGAACAAAAUGGGCGGGCGGCUUCAUCAACUGGUUACAUCCCAUGCGGAUCAGGCACUUGACAACUGGACGUUAUCUUGGUGUGAAGGAGAACAACGAGCUCUAUCUGGUCGAUAGGAACGAGGCGACAAUUGAAACCUCGACGUUUUGGUUACGGCAAGAGAAGGACGAUCAAAAGAUCGUUCUUGAGGACAAUAAGCCGAUUAUAAAAUACGGUGACUCUACCGUGAUUAUGCAACAUGCCACCACGUGCCUCUGGGUGUCUUAUAAAUCAUACGAAACAAAAAAGAAGGGCGUCGGAAAAGUCGAAGAGAAACAGGCGGUACUCCAUGAAGAGGGUAAGAUGGACGAUGGUUUGGAUUUUUCCAGAUCACAAGAAGAAGAAUCUCGCACCGCCCGCGUCAUCAGAAAGUGCAGUAGCUUGUUUACUCAAUUCAUCACAGGCCUAGAAACGCUGCAAAGAGCGUCCAUGUUUUUUCAAAACGUGAAUCUUAAUGAAAUGGUAAUGUGUCUUGAAGAUUUGAUCAAUUACUUUGCUCAACCCGAGGACGACAUGGAACACGAAGAGAAACAGAAUAAGUUCCGAGCUCUUAGAAAUCGUCAGGAUCUGUUCCAAGAGGAGGGAAUAUUGAAUCUGAUUCUCGAAGCUAUUGACAAGAUUAACGUGAUUACUUCGCAAGGAUUUCUUGUCGCUCUUUCCGGCGACGAGAGCGGCCAGGCUUGGGAUCAGAUAUCCGGGUAUCUCUAUCAACUACUGGCAGCCAUUAUCAAAGGAAAUCACACCAACUGCGCUCAGUUUGCCAAUAGUAAUCGUCUGAAUUGGUUGUUUAGCCGAUUGGGCUCGCAGGCUUCCAGUGAAGGAACUGGAAUGUUGGAUGUACUUCAUUGUGUCCUGAUUGAUUCGCCGGAGGCUUUAAACAUGAUGAGGGAUGAGCAUAUAAAAGUAAUUAUUUCUCUGCUGGAGAAACACGGUAGAGAUCCGAAAGUUCUGGACGUCUUGUGUUCGCUAUGCGUCGGUAAUGGCGUCGCGGUACGCUCUUCGCAAAAUAACAUUUGCGAUUUUCUGCUGCCUGGAAAAAAUUUGCUCCUCCAAACGCAGCUGGUGGAUCAUGUGGCGAGCGUCAGACCGAAUAUAUUUGUUGGCAGAGUUGAGGGUUCGGCUCUUUAUCAAAAGUGGUAUUUCGAGGUAACAGUGGAUCACAUUGAACAAACGACUCACAUGAUGCCGCACUUGCGAAUCGGAUGGGCGAACACCGCUGGUUAUAUGCCGUAUCCCGGUGGUGGUGAAAAGUGGGGUGGAAACGGCGUAGGCGAUGAUUUGUAUUCGUUCGGAUUUGAUGGCGCUCAUCUGUGGACCGGCGGUAGGAAGACGCAAGUAGUUCAAAAUGCCACCGAACCUUACAUACGAAAAAGCGACGUGAUCGGUUGCGCUUUGGAUCUGACGGUGCCGGUGAUAACGUUUACUUUCAAUGGCACUCACAUCAUGGGCUCUUUUCGGAACUUUAAUCUAGAUGGCAUGUUCUUCCCUGCCAUCAGUUGCUCGUCUAAACUCUCCUGCAGAUUUUUGCUGGGUGGUGAUCACGGUCGACUGAAGUUUCAAUCACCGGAAGAGUUUUCGCCGCUGGUGGAGAGCCUGCUGCCGCAACAAAUUCUGUCACUGGACCCGUGUUUUUAUUUUGGUAACAUGAACAAGGUGGUUCUGGCGGGUCCGUGGCUGAUUGAGGACGAUACCGCCUUCGUUCCAGCUCCGGUCGAUACUUCCAUGGUCAACCUGCCUGCCUAUGUCGAGCAGAUUAGAGAUAAAUUGGCGGAGAACAUCCACGAGAUGUGGGCGAUGAAUAAAAUCGAAGCCGGUUGGAUCUACGGCGAGGUCAGGGAUGAUCUCAGGAAGAUACAUCCCUGUAUAGUACAGUUCGAGCGACUGCCAGCUGCAGAAAAGCGCUACGAUACUCAACUGGCUGUGCAAACCUUGAAAACCAUUUUAGCACUGGGAUAUUACAUCACCAUGGAUAAGCCUCCAUCUAGAAUAAAAACUUUGAGGCUACCAAAUGAACCGUUUUUGCAAAGUAGUGGAUAUAAACCAGCGCCUCUUGAUCUAGCUGCGAUCACAUUAACUCCCAAAAUGGAAGAGCUCGUAGAUCAACUAGCAGAGAACACGCACAAUCUUUGGGCAAAGGAAAGAAUCAGUCAAGGGUGGACGUACGGAUUAAAUGAGGAUUCGGAAAUGAGGAGAAGUCCCCACUUGGUACCCUAUCCGAAAGUCGAUGAAGCUAUCAAAAAAGCCAAUCGAGAUACAGCCAGUGAAACCGUCAGGACUCUGUUGGUUUACGGAUAUAUGCUUGAUCCACCCACUGGAGAACAGCACGAGGCAUUGCUUUUGGAGGCAAGCAGAUUACGACAAUUAUCCUUCAGGACCUACAGGGUUGAGAAACAUUAUGCAGUCAGCAGCGGAAAAUGGUAUUUUGAGUUCGAAGUUCUCACAGCUGGGCCUAUGCGAGUCGGUUGGGCGAAAGCCGAUUGUAUGCCAGGAAGUAUGCUAGGCAGUGAUGAAAGUACUUGGGCAUUUGAUGGUUAUAACGUGACUAAAGUGCACGCUGGCACCCACGAGUCAUUUGGUCACAAAUAUCAAGUGGGCGACAUAGUUGGAUGUUUCAUUGACGUGGCAGACCGAACGAUCAGUUUUUCCUUAAAUGGAGAACUGCUGAUGGAUGCACUCGGCGGUGAAACUUCUUUCGCCGAUGUGCAAGGCGAUUCUUUCGUGCCCGCGUUCACCCUUGGCGUUGGGCAAAAGGCAAGACUAACAUUCGGCCAAGAUGUAAACACCCUGAAAUUUUUUACUACUUGUGGUUUGCAGGAGGGCUAUGAACCGUUCUGUGUGAACAUGAAUCGUCUAGUUACGUAUUGGUACACGAAAGAUCAGCCCAUUUUUGAGAACACCGACGACAUGGCCGAUACGCGAAUCGACGUGGCUAGGAUACCAGCUGGUUCCGACACACCGCCGUGUCUGAAAAUCUCUCACAACACGUUCGAAACCAUGGAGAAGGCUAAUUGGGAAUUUUUACGAUUAUCAUUGCCUGUGAUUUGCCAAUCUAAUUUUAUAACUGAGGGUGAGAAGUUGCGCAGGUGGCAGGAGAUUAAAGCGCGACAGAACAGACUUUUAGCCGAGCAAAUUGAGCAAGGGCAGCAGGCAGCACCGUCGGGUCAUUUAGAACAGAUUAUGAAAUCCGGCUUCAGUAUGAGCGAUAUCAAAGGACUGCAAAGAAAUUAUUCGGAAGAUGCGGCUGAGGCGGACGAGAUGAUGAAAGAAUCGCCGCUUCCUAUGCAAAGAGGUAAGCCUGCCAGACCGCCCAGGAAAGGUUCAUUUUACGGAUCACGUUUAGAUAAUGCGAUCAGUGAUGCUGAAAUGAAUGGAUAUGGCGAGAUGAAUGGUGACAUAAAGGACGAGAAGAAGAAACGUGGCCGCUCACCUUUUCGCAAGCUUAGCAAAGAGAUGGAGGAUGCACCGUUCUUCUCGCGUAAAACGAAAUCACCGGAGACAAAGUCAAAAACGCCUGAGCCGCAAAUACGUGCAGAUAUCUCAGAUAAAAGUACGAAAAUGCUCGGAAGCAAAAGUGCCAAAACUCCCCAAAUUCGCGUCUCAACUACGGACUUGAAAGUCGUCCCGCCACAAAUCCCAGAACGUAACGUUCCCAAGGCGAUGUCCGUUUUAACAGGAAGUGGCGUCGAAGCGAUCGGCAAUGAAAUCUUCGACGCUGAGUGUAUGAAGUUAAUGAAUGAGUAUUUCUAUGGCAUUAGGAUAUUCCCCGGUCAAGAUCCGACUCACGUUUACAUUGGUUGGGUUACUUCACAAUAUCACCUGCACACGAAGGACUUUAAUUUAUCUCGCGUGAGGAAAGCUUCUGUUGCGAUUAUAGAUGAUUACGAUCGUCUCGUAGAGCAAGUCGACAGACAAAGUUGCUAUAUGGUUCGAGCGGAUGAACUGUAUAACGAAGUCACUCAAGAUGCAUCGGGUAAGGGCGCAUCUCAGGGUAUGUUCGUUGGAUGCUUUGUUGAUACUGCCACAGGCUGGGUAUCCUUCACUUGUGAAGGGAAAGAAACAAGUCACAAAUUCAAGAUGGAGCCAGACACGAAACUGUUCCCAGCGAUCUUCGUUGAAGCCACCAGCAAAGAGAUCCUACAGAUCGAACUCGGCAGGACUUCGACAACGCUUCCACUAUCGGCAGCUGUACUGCAGAAUUCUGAACGACACGUUAUACCGCAGUUUCCACCAAGAUUAAAAGUACAAUGUCUCAAACCGCACCAAUGGGCCAGAGUGCCAAAUCAGUCUCUUCAAGUACACGCCUUAAAGCUGUCUGACAUCAGAGGCUGGUCGAUGCUAUGCGAGGACGCUAUCUCAAUGCUGGCUCUUCAUAUACCCGAGGAAGAUAGAUGUAUCGAUAUUUUGGAGCUUAUCGAGAUGGAUAAGUUGCUCAGUUUCCAUGCACACACAUUGACACUGUAUGCAGCUCUGUGCUAUCAAUCGAAUUAUCGUGCAGCGCACGCUCUGUGCCAACAUGUUGAUCAAAAACAAUUGUUAUACGCGAUACGAGCCGAGUACAUGUCCGGGCCCCUGCGACAAGGAUUUUACGAUUUACUUAUCGCCCUACAUCUCGAGUCACACGCGACGACGAUGGAAGUGUGCAAAAACGAAUACAUAAUACCGCUUGGUCAAGAAUUAAAGGAUUUGUACGAAGACUACGAGAUGAAACACAGUCUCAGGUAUUUGGAGACCGAGUCUAUUCGCCCACAAAUGAAAAUGACAGAGAUCAGUGACCAAGCGAUUGAGAACAUAAAGAACCUGUAUAGCCCACAUUUUCCACUCGACGUCGUGCGGGAUUACGUGAUGAUGGCGCUCAACGAAGCCGUCGAAGUGAAUCAGGUGCACAACCGAGAUCCAAUCGGAGGCAGCAACGAGAAUCUCUUUCUACCACUUUUGAAGCUGGUAGAUAGAUUGCUCUUAGUCGGCAUGCUAAGAAACGAGGAUAUAUUCAAGUUACUCAUUAUGAUAAAUCCCGAAACCUGGGACCCGUCUUUCGAUAAAGAAGGAAAAGACGAGCACAAGAAAGGCUUACUGCAUAUGAAAAUGGCUGAGGGAGCGAAAUUACAAAUGUGCUAUCUACUUCAUCAUUUAAAUGACAUCCAAUUGCGCCAUCGCGUCGAGUCCAUUAUUGCUUUCGCUUACGAUUUCGUCGGAGAAUUGCAGGCCGAUCAAUUGCGACGUUAUAUCGAGAUCAAACAAUCAGAUUUGCCAUCGGCUGUCGCUGCCAAAAAGACCAGAGAAUUCAGGUGUCCUCCUCGCGAACAAAUGAAUGCUAUUCUAAGCUUCAAGAAUUUAGAUUUAGAAGAAGAUCCAGACAGUUGUCCCUGUGGCGAGGCAGCUAAUGCCGCAAACGAACCAGCUGAAGAAAUUCAGAAACCUGGAGCUAUGAAACGCCUCUUUAAUUUUAUCAACGCUGUUAAAGAACUCGAGGAGGAAUCUAAACCUGAAGUCGAGCCCGAGAAAAAGACUCCGGAAGAGGUAUUUCGCAAGGUGCUAAUAUCAACUAUCGUGAGUUGGGCUGAAGAAUCGCAAAUCGAGACACCGAAACUCGUACGAGAGAUGUUCAGCUUAUUAGUCAGGCAAUACGAUACCGUCGGUGAGUUGAUCAGAGCUUUGGAGAAAACUUACAUCGUUAACAACAAGACGAAGGAUGAUGUCGCAUUAAUGUGGGUCGGUUUGAGCCAAAUUCGUGCCUUGCUACCAGUACAAAUGUCUCAGGAGGAGGAAGCGCUAGUUCGAGAGCGACUGUGGAAGCUGGUGAACAAUCACACAUUUUUUCAACAUCCCGAUCUCAUUAGAGUGCUGAGAAUUCAUGAAAACGUGAUGGCCAUUAUGAUGAAUACCCUAGGAAGACGCGCUCAGGCGCAGUCUGACGCUCAAACUCAGGCUCAAGCAGCGGAAGGUGAACCAGCAUCAAAGGAGAAGGACACCUCUCACGAGAUGGUCGUGGCUUGCUGCAGAUUCCUGUGCUAUUUCUGUCGUACAUCCAGACAGAAUCAGAAAGCCAUGUUCGACCACUUUGACUUCCUGCUGGAGAACAGCAAUAUUCUGUUGGCAAGACCGUCAUUGCGAGGAUCAACGCCAUUAGACGUAGCAUAUUCGUCACUGAUGGAAAACACAGAAUUAGCUUUGGCUCUAAGAGAACAUUAUCUAGAGAAAAUCGCUAUCUAUUUAUCGCGAUGUGGCCUGCAGUCCAAUUCGGAAUUAGUGGAGAAGGGCUACCCUGAUUUAGGUUGGGAUCCUGUUGAGGGUGAACGCUAUCUCGAUUUCUUGAGAUUUUGCGUGUGGGUCAAUGGUGAAAGCGUGGAGGAAAAUGCAAACUUGGUAAUCCGUUUGCUAAUCAGAAGACCAGAAUGCUUGGGUCCGGCUCUUCGAGGCGAAGGUGAAGGUUUAUUGAGAGCCAUUAUAGAAGCUAACAAGAUGUCUGAACGUAUUGCUGAUAGACGAAAAGUGCACGACGAGGCCGAGGGCACGGCUAUGAUGAUGCAAUUCGAACAUCCACUACCGGAAUCAGACGACGAUGAAGACUACAUUGACACUGGUGCGGCAAUAUUAAAUUUCUAUUGCACCCUCAUCGAUCUGUUAGGCCGCUGUGCUCCGGAUUCUUCCGUGAUAGAACAAGGGAAGAACGAAUCUCUCCGAGCCCGGGCGAUCUUAAGAUCGUUAGUACCCUUGGACGAUCUUCAGGGUGUGCUAUCUUUGCGGUUCACAUUGCUCAAUCCCGCCGCCGGCGAGGAACGACCGAAAAGCGAUACACCAUCUGGUUUAAUACCAGGGCACAAGCAAAGCAUUGUGCUGUUUCUCGAACGUGUUUAUGGUAUCGAAACGCAAGAGUUAUUCUACAAAUUAUUAGAGGAAGCUUUCUUGCCGGAUCUUCGCGCCGCCACCAUGCUCGACAGAAACGACGGCUACGAAUCCGAAAUGUCACUCGCUAUGAAUCGUUACAUAGGAAACAGCAUUUUGCCACUGUUAAUUAAGCAUUCCAAAUUUUACAACGAGGCGGACAAUUACGCGAGUUUACUCGACGCUACAUUGCACACGGUGUACCGACUCAGUAAGAACCGGAUGCUGACGAAGGGUCAACGCGAAGCUGUCUCGGACUUCCUUGUCGCGUUGACUAGUCAAAUGCAGCCGAGCAUGUUGUUGAAGUUAUUACGAAAGCUGACUGUCGAUGUGUCUAAAUUAUCAGAGUAUACUACAGUAGCUCUCAGAUUGUUAACGCUGCAUUACGAUCGUUGCGCGAAAUAUUACGGUUCCACCGGCUCCACCGGUCAAGGCGCUUACGGUGCGUCGAGCGAUGAAGAGAAACGUCUCACGAUGGUCCUCUUUAGCAAUAUAUUCGAUUCCCUGUCUAAAAUGGAUUACGAUCCAGAAUUAUUCGGAAAAGCGCUGCCUUGCCUGACAGCCAUCGGUUGUGCUCUGCCGCCAGAUUAUUCUUUAUCGAAAAAUUACGACGACGAAUGGUACGGCAGCAAAUCGGCCUCGACUCAAUCACCCGACGGUCCUUACAAUCCGCAGCCAAUCAACACUUCCAGCGUGGUGCUCAAUAACGAUCUUAAUCAAAUAGUGCAAAAAUUCUCUGAGCAUUAUCACGAUGCUUGGGCUAGUCGUAAGUUAGAGAACGGUUGGACUUACGGCGAUCAAUGGUCGGACAUGAAUAAAACUCAUCCGAGAUUGAAACCAUAUAAUAUGUUGAGUGAUUACGAACGAGAGCGAUACAAGGAACCCGUCAGAGAGAGCUUGAAAGCUCUCCUAGCAAUUGGUUGGAGUGUGGAGCACGCGGAGGUCGAUGUACCAUCGACCAAUCGCAGUUCGAUGAGAAGAUCUUCUAAGAGUCAAGGGGACUCAGCUAAUCCGUUUAACUACAAUCCUCAUCCGGUGGACAUGACUAAUCUGACGCUAAGCAGAGAAAUGCAGAACAUGGCUGAACGUUUGGCAGAUAACGCUCAUGAUAUUUGGGCAAAGAAGAAGAAGGAAGAACUUACUACCUGCGGAGGUGGUAUUCAUCCUCAGUUGGUACCUUACGAUCUAUUAACUGAUAAGGAGAAACGAAAAGAUCGUGAGCGAUCGCAAGAGUUUCUCAAAUAUUUACAGUAUCAAGGGUACAAGCUUCACAAACCUAAUCGCGGCGGCACGGAGACCGAAGUGGCUGGCGCAGUUGCUGCGGUAGAAUUAAGAUUCGCUUAUUCAUUAUUAGAGAAGUUAAUAGCUUAUUUGGACAAGGCGACAAUCAAUAUGAAGCUCUUGAAACCCUCUGACACAUUCAGUCGAAGAAACAGUUUUAAGACCUCGACAAGAGACAUCAAGUUCUUCAGUAAAGUGGUCCUUCCACUAAUGGAAAAGUACUUUAGCACGCAUAGAAACUACUUUAUCGCUGUGGCUACCGCCACGAACAAUGUCGGUGCAGCGUCGUUGAAAGAGAAGGAGAUGGUAGCUGCUCUUUUUUGCAAGUUAGCAAGUUUGCUGAGAUCGAGACUCGCCGCUUUUGGCGCGGAUGUAAGAAUAACGGUUCGAUGCCUGCAAGUGCUAGUAAAAGGUAUAGACGCUAAGAGUCUCGUAAAGAACUGUCCUGAGUUUAUCCGAACGUCCAUGUUGACUUUCUUCAACAAUACCGCCGAUGAUCUGGGUCACACGAUCAUGAACCUCCAAGAAGGGAAAUAUAGUCAUCUCAGAGGCACCCAUUUGAAAACCUCCACGUCAUUAUCGUACAUCAAUAGUGUAGUUCUGCCGGUGCUCACAGCGAUGUUUGACCAUCUUGCCGCGUGCGAGUACGGCAGUGACUUGUUACUUGACGAAAUUCAAGUAGCAUCGUACAAAAUGUUGGCGUCUCUGUACACUCUCGGAAUAGACGCUAGUUUAACGCACGACAGAAAGUACCUGAAGACUGAGAUCGAGCGACAUAAACCUAAUCUAGGCUCCUGCUUGGGUGCCUUUUCAAGUUGCUUCCCAGUGGCCUUUUUAGAACCUCAUUUAAACAAGCACAAUCAGUAUUCCCUUCUAAAUCGAAUCGCGGAUCAUUCUCUGGAAGCUCAAGAUAUCAUGACGAAGAUGGAAUCUAGUAUGCCAACCUUGGAGACCAUCCUUAGUGAAAUCGAUCAGUUCGUCGAAUCCGAGAAGACCUACAACGAUGCUCCUCACGUCGUCGACGUAAUUCUACCUUUGCUCUGCUCUUAUUUGCCAUUCUGGUGGGCGCAAGGGCCUGACAAUGUGAAUCCGACUGAGAGUACCUACGUUAGCAUGGUAACGAGCGAUCACAUGAAUCAGUUGCUGAAAAAUGUGUUGAAGUUGAUUAAGAAGAACAUCGGUAAUGAGAACGCACCGUGGAUGACGCGCAUUGCGGCCUAUACGCAGCAAAUCAUUAUCAAUUCAUCCGAGGAGUUAUUAAAGGAUCCGUUUUUACCUCUCGCCGAACGCGUCAGAAAACGAACGGACACUAUGUUCCACAAAGAGGAAUCUCUUCGGGGCUUUAUUAAAUCUUCGACUGACGAUACCUCGCAAGUUGAGGCGCAGAUUCAAGAAGAUUGGCAAUUACUCGUGCGCGAUAUCUACUCAUUCUAUCCCUUAUUGAUAAAGUACGUCGAUCUUCAAAGGAAUCAUUGGCUGAGGAACAAUAUUUCCGAUGCCGAAGAUCUAUACAAUCACGUGGCGGCUAUAUUUAAUAUCUGGUCCAAGUCACAGUACUUCUUGCGCGAAGAGCAGAAUUUUAUAUCCGCGAAUGAAAUUGAUAACAUGGUACUCAUCAUGCCCACUGCAACAAGAAGACCUGCUACAGUGUCUGAUGGCACCGCACCUUCCGGAGGAGGCAAAAAAAAGAAGAAACAUCGCGACAAGAAGAGAGACAAGGACAAGGAAGUACAAGCAUCCUUGAUGGUCGCUUGCCUGAAGAGAUUGCUACCCGUCGGCUUAAAUCUCUUCGCUGGUCGCGAACAAGAAUUAGUGCAGCAUUGCAAAGACAGAUUCCUGAAAAAGAUGCCGGAAUCUGAUAUUUCGGAAUUUGCCAAGACUCAACUGACACUGCCGGAUAAGAUCGAUCCUGCCGACGAAAUGUCUUGGCAACAUUAUCUAUACUCACAAUUAGGUCAGAAGAAGGACGCAAUGGAGCCUGUAAAGGCUCAACAGCUGGAAGAUGUCGUUGCUAGAAUCACCGACAUGGCCAAAGUCUUAUAUGGUUUACAUAUGAUAGAUCAUCCACAACAGCAGAGCAAGAGUCAAUAUCGUUCAGUGGUGUCGAUCCAGCGUAAACGAGCGGUAAUCGCUUGCUUUCGCCAAACUUCCUUACAUUCCUUGCCAAGGCAUCGAGCGAUAAACAUUUUUGCGCGAACAUAUUACGAGCUGUGGUUACAAGAUGAAAAUGUGGGCCAAGAAGUUAUGAUCGAGGAUCUUACGCAAUCGUUCGAAGAUGCAGAAUUGAAGAAAAUGGAUAAAGCUGAGGAUGAAAGCAAACCCGAUCCGUUGACACAAUUGGUGACAACAUUCUGUCGCGGCGCUAUGACUGAACGAUCAGGCGCUCUUCAAGAAGAUCCGCUUUACAUGAGUUAUGCUCAAAUUAUCUCAAAAUCAUGCGGAGAAGAAGAGGAAGAGGGUGAAGAAGAAGGUGGAGGUGAAGAAGAAGGAGGAGCUUCGAUCCAUGAGCAAGAAAUGGAGAAGCAAAAACUCUUGUUCCAUCAAGCUCGUCUAGCAAAUCGCGGCGUCGCCGAAAUGGUCCUUCUGCACAUAUCGGCGUGUAAGGGCAUUCCCAGCGAGAUGGUGAUGAAGACUUUAGAACUUGGAAUUUCGAUCCUGCGUGGCGGUAAUAUCGAAAUUCAGCGAGGGAUGCUGAAUCAUCUAAAGGAAAAAAAGGAUGUCGGUUUCUUCACGUCCAUCGCAGGUCUAAUGAACUCUUGCAGCGUGUUGGAUCUAGAUGCUUUCGAGAGGAAUACGAAAGCUGAGGGUCUCGGCGUUGGUUCCGAGGGUGCAGCUGGUGAGAAGAAUAUGCACGACGCCGAAUUCACUUGCGCCUUAUUUCGCUUUAUCCAACUUACCUGCGAGGGUCACAAUCUCGAUUGGCAGAACUACCUCAGGACACAGGCUGGUAAUACGACGACGGUGAACGUGGUCAUUUGCACUGUCGAUUACCUCCUGCGAUUGCAGGAGUCGAUCAUGGACUUUUACUGGCAUUACUCGAGCAAGGAACUCAUCGAUCCUGCCGGCAAAGCAAACUUUUUCAAAGCUAUUGGCGUUGCUAGUCAAGUUUUUAACACCCUUACUGAGGUUAUUCAAGGCCCGUGCGCACAGAAUCAACAAGCUUUAGCGCAUUCAAGAUUGUGGGACGCAGUCGGAGGUUUUUUUUUCUUAUUCUCGCAUAUGCAAGACAAACUAUCGAAGCACUCCAGUCAGGUGGAUCUUCUGAAAGAAUUGCUUAACUUGCAGAAAGACAUGAUUACCAUGAUGCUUUCCAUGCUUGAAGGUAAUGUCGUGAACGGGACGAUUGGAAAACAGAUGGUAGACACUUUGGUCGAAUCGGCUAGUAACGUAGAACUGAUUUUGAAGUACUUCGACAUGUUCUUGAAACUAAAGGAUCUUGUAUCAUCGCCGAGUUUCCUGGAAGUCGAUCUUAACAAUGAUGGUUGGGUGUAUCCUAAGGAUUUCAAGGAGAAGAUGGAGCAGCAGAAGAGUUACACCAACGAGGAAAUUGAAUUUCUCCUGGCUUGUUGCGAGACGAAUCACGACGGCAAGAUCGAUUAUGUUGCUUUCAUGGAUCGUUUCCACGAGCCGUCGAAGGAAAUAGGUUUCAAUCUGGCUGUAUUGCUCACCAAUCUGUCCGAACACAUGCCUAACGAACCGAGACUAGCCAGGUUCCUUGAGACAGCCGGGUCUGUUCUAAAUUACUUCGAGCCGUUCUUAGGCAGAAUCGAAAUCCUCGGUGGCAACAAGAAAAUUGAGCGCGUGUAUUUCGAGAUUAAAGAGUCAAACAUCGAACAGUGGGAAAAGCCGCAAAUUAAGGAAUCGAAGAAGACCUACUUCUAUAACACGGUAGUCGAGGCUGGUGAGAAAGAAAAACUCGAAACCUUUAUCAACUUUUGCGAAGAUGCUAUUUUUGAAAUGCAACACGCAAGUGCGUUGAUGACCGUAGAGGAAAGUGGCGGAAUCGGCAAAGCGAGGGAAUCAUCGUACACAUAUAUGACCGAGGAUGAUGAAGAAAGAAAUAAAGAUCCAAUUAGGCGGGGUAUACAAGCCAUCAAAGAUGGCGUUUACUUCUUCUUUUACAUGUUCUCACCUACCAAUAUUAAGAACAAGAUCGCCGAAAUGCAACAGAUGACGAUACCCGAACUCUUCAUUGGUUUCUUCAAGAUGAUUUUCUACGCCUUCUAUUAUUCUGGCUUUGGUGUUGGCUGCGUGAUCAAGUAUUUCAUGAGACUUCUAUUGACAUUAAUGAGAGGACCGCAUGUGGAGGAGCCUGUUGUAGUCAAGGAGGAGGAAGAGAAACCGUCGAGACAUUUACCCGCUUUGCCACCGACGCCGGAUGAAUCGAAUUUACAAGUGCAAGCCUUCGGAAUGGAUAUAACGAAAGAAGAAGGAGGACAGAUAAAACUAGCGCCGCACGAAUCGACUACUUCUACGCCGCAAUCCAGUAUCGAAGAGACGGGUGAGAGUACACCCGAAGAGGGUACUGGCGAGGAUGGAGCGAGAGCUGAAGGAGGAGAAAGCGAGCCGCCUGUUACUUUAGCUGAUCUACUGGGGUUAGUAGAGUAUAAUAAACAAGCGGAGAACAAGCCAGAGCGCAAGCUGCCGCAGCGGUCAGCCAUGGCAGCAGUUGAAGCCGAAGCAAAGCAAGAAAUUUCAGUUGAACCUUCUACAGGAUCGAGCAUCGAUCUGUCCGAAUACAGUCAUCGUAUAGUAUCCUUCUUGGCCAGGAAUUUCUACAAUCUGAAAUACGUCGCGCUAGUUCUCGCCUUUUGUAUCAACUUUAUGCUGCUAUUUUAUAAGGUUACGUCUUUGGCUGAUGACUCGGAUGAAGAAGGUAGUGGACAAAUAGCGGAUUUGUUAACGGAAAUAUCAGGCGAGGGGACAUCGGGUUUGGCAGGUAGUGGCAUGGAAAUAGGCAGCGGUAGUGGUGAAAACGGUUCAGAAGAGGAAGACGAAGAGGUUCAGGAAUUUGUGGAAGUGUCUGAGGAUUAUUAUUAUAUGGCUCACGUUAUGAGGUUACUGGCUGCUCUUCAUUCAAUCGUUUCACUUGCUAUGCUUGUCGCAUAUUAUCAUCUAAAGGUACCAUUGGCCAUAUUCAAACGAGAGAAGGAAAUUGCACGACGAGUAGAAUUCGAUGGAUUAUAUAUAGCCGAAACGCCGGAAGAAGAUGACAUUAAAGCGCACUGGGAUAAAAUGGUAAUAUCCGCGAAGACUUUCCCUGUUAAUUAUUGGGACAAGUUCGUAAAGAAGAAAGUCCGACAAAAAUACAGCGAGACGUACGAUUUCGAUUAUAUCAGUAAUUUGCUCGGAAUGGAAAAGACUUCUUUCAGCCAACAGGAAGAAGAAGGAUCUGGUUUAAUACAUUUCAUUGUAAAUAUCGAUUGGAGAUAUCAAAUAUGGAAGGCCGGAGUCACGAUUACCGAUAACGCAUUUUUAUACAGUUUGUGGUACUUUACAUUUUCAAUCCUCGGCAACUACAACAAUUUCUUCUUCGCCGCUCACUUGUUAGACGUCGCAGUCGGUUUCAAAACUUUACGAACAAUCUUACAAUCGGUAACACAUAACGGCAAGCAGUUGGUCUUAACAGUGAUGCUACUGACAAUCGUAGUAUACAUCUACACUGUGAUAGCCUUCAAUUUCUUCAGAAAGUUCUAUAUACAGGAAGAAGACGAAACAGACAAGAAAUGUCAUCAUAUGCUAACAUGUUUCGUUUUUCAUUUGUACAAAGGCGUAAGAGCCGGCGGUGGUAUAGGCGAUGAAAUCGGUGAACCUGAUGGCGACGAUUACGAGGUUUAUCGUAUAAUGUUUGACAUCACGUUCUUUUUCUUCGUGAUCGUCAUUCUGUUAGCUAUCAUUCAGGGUUUAAUCAUCGAUGCGUUCGGCGAACUUCGAGAUCAACUCGACAAUGUAAAGACAAAUAUGGAGAGUAACUGCUUCAUUUGCGGUUUAGGAAAGGAAUAUUUUGACGCGGUACCGCAUGGGUUCGAUACUCAUGUGCAACAAGAGCACAAUUUAGCAAAUUACAUGUUCUUCCUUAUGCACUUGAUUAAUAAACCCGACACCGAAUACACUGGUCAGGAGACUUACGUGUGGAAUAUGUAUCAACAAAGGUGUUGGGACUUCUUCCCGGUGGGCGACUGCUUCCGCAAGCAGAACGAGACGGUAGAAGAAGAGGCCAAGAAAAAAUAAAAUUAAUCCUGACUCUAAUUAAGGUGAUCAAUAAAAACGAUCGAUCUUACUUGACGAAGAGGACUCACCUCAUCGAACAGUGUCUUCGAUAAUUUAGCAUAAAUUUUUACUCAUCGAGAGUGCGUGGUUAGUACUCAUUUAAAAUCAAAUUUCGAAAGUUCUACAUCUUACCUCAUAAUGACAAAGAAAGGAUUUUUAUCUUGUAAACUUAUGCUCCGUUUUCCACUUGGUAAUUUAUUCCGGCUAACUAAUAGACUUUCUGACGUGUGAAUGUAAUGCAUUAAUUGCGUACUGCGUGUAAUGAGGAUUAUAGAGCAAUUCGUGUCUGAUACCGCAUCGGGGGAAUAAAAUUGAACAUAUUUUUCCAACUUUGUAAAAAAUGGCAUAAACUGUAUCAUCAAAACCAGUAAUUUUCUCUUUUAGAUUAUAUUUCUAAUAUUAGAUAGCAAUCAUUGACAAAAGCUCGAUUUCCUUCGAUCGGCAGUACGUUAUUGUUAAAUCGAUGGAAACGGCGGAACCGACUGCACAAAUUUACAUAUUCAUAGCGUUACAAUAUUGCCUUCUUUUCAUACGUCGGAUAAUCUAUACUGUAUAAUUUUAUGCUGUAUCGCAGCGAUAACAAGUUUGAGAUAUAUGAUGAUAGAAUAAGUAAAAUUAAAGAUGUUUAAAGUUUAUGUAAUGUGCAAAUCUUUUUCUGACUGAUAUGAAAGCGGGAACUUUUUGGACAUUAUAUAUGACUGAGCUCACAGUAUAUCUGAGAAUGUCAAUAUAUUGUAAAUAAAAUUCUACAGCAGGACUAUCUGGUAAUAAAU